AUGUGUCACCAAUACUUGUUUACUAUCGUCUACUUCGACACUCGCCAUAAAACUGCCCAACAUACUAAACUCGUUUCCUGUGAAACUUCUACCCUUGCAGGGCACUCCAGUGAGCUUUGGGCUACCAAUAUUCUUCCAUGUCACUUCACUUAUACAACUGAUUUGAGCCCCUGAAUCCAAAAUGAAUUCCACUUCGUUUCCGUUCACUAACACUUUUUUUGUUAACCAUUUAGGUUUCACACUCAUACUCACAUGGAGAAUAUCAACACUGUUCUUUACAUUACACUCAUGGUUUUCCCACCAUGUUUUUACUUUACUAAUCAGGGCCAUUUUUCUUAUGUAGCUGUUGCCGACUUUUUCUUUUGUAGCUGUUGCCGCACUUUUCUUUUGUAGCUGUUGCUGAAUUUUCCUUUUUCGAAGUAGACGAAACUGGUUUGCGACCGCGC